UAUAACUAAACAAUUGUCAUUAGUUAUUUUGAAUUAAACACUUGAAUAAAAAUGGAGAAUGGGCAAUUAGUAUCUCUUUUGUCGAUUAUAUUCUGUUUGAAAUUUAACGAAGCUAUUGAAUUAAAAUUGUCCAAUGACAAUAUAAUAUACAAAUUUGAAAAAGGUACGACUAGAAAAGCUGCUGAAAAUGGAGACAUAAAACUUUUAAAAUUUGCUCAUGAUAAUGGAUGUGAAUGGGAUGAAGAUACUACUAUUAUGGCUGCUGCAAAAGGCAAUUUGGAAAUUUUAAAAUAUGCAAAUAAAAAUGAAUGUCCAUGGGAUGAAAGGACAACAGAAGCAGCUGCUGCUAAUGGUAAAUUAGAAUGUUUAAAAUAUGCUCAUGAAAAUAAAUGUCCGUGGAAUGAAAGUACAACAGAAGCAGCUGCAAAGUAUGGUCAAAUAGAAUGCUUAAAAUAUGCCUAUGAAAAUGGCUGUAAAUGGAAUAAAUUCAAAAUUGCGAUAAUUGCUAUUGAAAAGAAAAACCUAGACAUUUGGAAAUAUGCUCAAAAAAAUAUAAGCAAAUUUAAUAAAAUCCUAAUUACUAUGGCUGCUUAUACAGGAAACUUAAACUUUUUAAAACAUGCCCAUGAAAAUAGAUAUCCGUGGGAUGAAAAAACAACAAAAGCAGCUGCUAUGAAAGGUCAAUUGGAAUGUUUAAAAUAUGCCCAUGAAAAUGGAUGUCCAUGGGAUGAAGGCACUACAAAAGCAGCUGCUACUAAAGGUCAAUUAGAAUGUUUAAAAUAUGCCCAUAAAAAUAGAUGUCCAUGGGAUGAAGGCACAACAGAAGCAGCGGCUUCUAACGGUCAAUUAGAAUGUUUAAAAUAUGCCCAUGAAAAUAAAUGUCCAUGGGAUGAAGGCACAACAGAAGCAGCGGCUUCUAAUGGUCAAUUGGAAUGUUUAAAAUAUGCCCAUGAAAAUGAAUGUCCAUGGGAUGAAGGCACAACAAAAGCAGCUGCUACUAAAGGAAGCUUAGAAUGUUUAAAAUAUGCCCAUGAAAAUAGAUGUCCUUGGGAUGAAAGUACAACAGAAGCAGCGGCUUCUAACGGUCAAUUAGAAUGUUUAAAAUAUGCCCAUGAAAAUGAAUGUCCAUGGAAUGAAAAUAUUACAGAAGAAGCUGCGUCUAACGGUAAAUUAGAAUGUUUAAAAUAUGCCCAUGAAAAUGAAUGUCCAUGGGAUGAUUUCACAACAAUAGCUGCUGCUGCUAAUGGUCAUUUAAAAUGCUUAAAGUAUGCUCAUGAAAAUGGAUGCCUUUGGAAUGAUAUCACGACAAGAGCGGCUGCUUCUAACGGUAAAUUAGAAUGUUUAAAAUAUGCCCGUGAAAAUGAAUGUCCGUGGGAUGAUAUCACAACAAUAGCUGCUGCUGCUAAUGGACAUUUAAAAUGUUUACAGUAUGCUCAUGAAAAUGCAUGUCUUUGGAAUCAAAAAACGACAAGAGCGGCUGCUUCUAAUGGCCAAUUAGAAUGUUUAAGGUAUGCUCAUGAAAAUGGAUGUCCGUGGGAUGACGAUACAACAAAAGGAGCUGCUUUUAACGGUAAAUUAGAAUGUUUAAAAUAUGCCCAUGAAAACGGGUGUCCGUGGGAUGAACGCACAACUAGAGCUGCUGCAGAAAGUGGAAGUUUCAACUGUUUAACUUACGCCCAUGAAAAUGGAUGUGUUUGGAAUGAUAGUAUAACCAGAGCUGCUGCUGCUAGUGGCUGUUUAGACUGUUUAGUAUAUGUUCAUGAAAAAGGAUGUAAUUGGCAUGAAGAUACAAUAGGUGUGGGAGCUGUACAAGGUAAUUUAAAUUGUUUAAAAUAUGCCCGCGAACAUGGAUGUGAUUGGGUUGAAGGUACGAUGAGAGGGGCUGCAGCAAAUGGUCAUUUAGACUGCUUAAAGUAUGCCCAUGAAAAUGGUUGUGAGUGGGACGAAGGUACUACAAGAGAAGCUUCUGCUAGUGGUUGUAUUGAAUGUUUGAUAUUUGCACAUAAAAACGGUUGUAAAUGGGAUGAAGGUACAACGGGUGUGGCUGCUGCAAAUGGUCAUUUAGACUGCCUAAUAUAUGUUCAUGAAAAUGGAUGUGAAUGGGAUGAAGGCACAACAAGACUUGCUGCUGCAAAUGGUCAAUUUAAUUGCUUAAUAUAUGCUCAUGAAAAUGAUUGUCCAUGGAGUAAAGGAACCAUUUAUGAAGCAACUCGAAAUGAUUAUACUGAUAUAACCAACUAUGCUACCGCUAAUGGUUGUCUCAACUAAUAUCUUGAUGUAAUAAUCUUUAUUUCUAUUAUAUACAUUUACGUUUGCUAUCAAUUAUUUAUUUUUGAAAUAAAUUAACUUGAUAUUUA